CUUUGUUACUCUCUUCUCAGUAAUGUGCCCCCCCAACCAGCCUAUUCCUACUACCCAGACGAUGAGUUCCUGCAUUUCUACCGCUGGACGUCUCCACCAGGCAUCCUCAAAAUCAUGUCCAUCAUCUCCCUCGUGAUGUGCGUGGCCAUAUUUGCCUGUGUUGCCUCCACGCUGGCCUGGGACAGUCAGGGAGCGAUGAGUGGCAUGGGAGGGUCCUACGGGGGAACUGGGGGCGGUGGGUAUGGGGGCGGUGGGUAUGGUGGCGGUGGGUAUGGAGGCGGUGGGUAUAGCAGCUUUGGAGGCGGUGGAUAUGGAGCUGGAAACAGCUAUGGCUACGGUGGGCUCGGAGGAAACUACAAUGACCCCCGUAAGGGCAAAGGGUUCAUCAUCGCCAUGGCAGCCAUCACCUUCAUCGCCUGCCUGGCCAUCUUCAUCAUCGUCAUUUCUCACCAGACCCUAUCAACAAGCAGGAGGUUCUAUCUAGCAGUCGUGAUCAUCAGCGCUAUCUUAGCACUGCUAAUGCUAAUAGCAGCUAUAGUGUACCUGGUGGCAGUGAACCCCGCCGCUCAGUCCUCGGGAUCGUCCUUCGGCAGCCAGAUCGCUGCACUAUGUGCUCCGUACAAACAAACACAGCCCACUGGAGUGUUUGUCAAUCAGUAUCUGUACCACUACUGCGUGGUGGAGCCACAAGAGGCCAUCGCGGUAGUGUUCGGCUUCCUGGUCGCCAUCGCUCUCAUCAUCAUGCUCGUCUUCGCUCUAAAGACUCGCAAGAAAAUCCAAAACCACGGCAAGAGCAACAUCCUAUGGAAGAGGGUGAGGGUUAUCGAGGAGAUGGAGCCACCUCAAGAUGUAGAGGCAUGGUUGUUCCACAGGCCUGCAGAAGAGAACAUGCCUCUGCAAAAUGGAGCUCCCUACAGCAGUGUCUCAGAGGUGGCCAGCUCUCGUGGAAAGCCCAAAAAGAGACGAGCAGGGCGGCCGCGCCGGGCCGACGGACAGGAGUACGAAACGGACUACAACUCUUCCGGAGACGAGCUGGACGACAAUGACUUCGACAGUGAAUACCCUCCCAUAAGAAACGAGGUGGAGCGCAAUGACUACAAACGUAAUUUUGAUCGCGAACACCAGGAGUACAAAGACCUGCAGGCGGAGCUGGACGCCCUCAAUAAGGGUCUGUCAGACCUCGACAGAGAGCUGGACGACCUGCAGGAGGGCAGCCCACAGUUCCUGGAUGCUUUGGAUGAGUACAACAGGAUAAAGAACACAAAGAAGUCUCCAGACUACCUGGUGAAGAAGCGCAGGUGUAAAUAUCUGAAGUCCAAACUGAGCCACAUCAAGAAGAUGGUCAGUGAUUUCGACCGCAGAGCCUGAACAACUACUUGAGGAUCUUACGGGUGAAAUGUUUGAGGAUUUCAGAGAACAGAGGAGGAGCUACACUGAUGUCGAACACAACAGUGUCUGAGCUGUUAGCUGGUGAAACAUUGCAAAGGUUGUCUUCUACUUUUGAGACACAGAAAACAAAGAUUCCCUGUUGUGUUAUGAUACUGUUUGUAUUACGAGUAUCACCUGCCGUAGAUACUGUUAUAUAAGUAUUUAUUUUGCCUCAUGUUAUGUGAAAUCAUCUAUAAGAGGGGGUUAAGCUACUACAUAGUGGAGGGAAAACAAAACAAAUCGGUUUGUUUUUAAAUUGCUCUUUUUAUGUUGAUUUAUUAUGAGAUUCCUUUUCAAGAGCCUUUUUAUUCUCAUUUCUUGCGAUGUCGAUGUAAAUAUGUGGGAAACGCUGAGAUUUGUAAUGAUUUUAGCAAUGUGUGUUACGGUGAGUUAUGGUACAACAAACAGACACUUUUAAAUGCAUGUUUAAUGCAUAUUGAUGUACUUUUUAAAUGAUCUGAUGACUCUUUUUUUAUUAUAAUAAAUACAUUUUAUUGAACUUUUCUUAUGCUG